UUGUUCAUCUGUGGCAAAGUCAAAAGGUGUUAAAGAAGACCAAAUCAAAAGAGGAGAGCACAAUAUAAACCAAGAAAAAGAGAGUGAAAUCUAUCAUAAAGCUAUUCAAUCUGAAGGUGAACCAGAAGAAGACGUGAAUAGGGGCGUGGUGGGGCUAGAUUCUGAUAAGAUAUCUGGGGAAGAUGCGAGCGUUGACUCUGAUGGAUCUGGUGCAUCACAACAUGUCAUGGCAGUGACACUGACAAUACUAUUCAUGGACUUUUUGAUAGUGACAACAAUGCUUCCAAAUCUUUCGAAGGUUUUCUACGAGAUGAUCUUAAAUAAAGACAAGGUCACUGGUCAUUCCACGACUUAA